AAAUUUUAUUGGAAUCAUAGUAUUAUAUUUAUAAUAUAUAUGUAAUUUAUUAAAAAAAUAAUAUUAUUAGUUAUAAUAAUACACUGUAAAAGGAAAUUAGUAUAUAUAAUACUGCAUAUUUUUUGUUAUCGUAUCGUGUCGGACUAAAUUCUAAGAUAUCGAACUAAAUUUUAAGAUGUUAAAUAAAAAAUGAAUAGAUUGUUUAGUUUUUUUUAAAAAAAUAUUAAUCAAAGUUUAUUUACUAGCAAUUGAUGAUGUGGACUUUUUUUUUUUUACAGCAAAAAAAUUUACAGAUUCAUAAAGACUCCGUAAACUAAGGUGGUAACUCUGUAUCCAUGUGUAUGACGAACGACGGUUGUAUCCUAGCACUGCGUGCCAAGCGAUCCGCCAUUUUAUUGUCCGUCCUCGAUACAUAAAUAACUUCUGAAUUGAUGAAACUUCUUCUCAAAAGCUUGAUAUCCUCCAGGUAACUCCCAAAUGCUGGCCAUUCCUCUGGUUCCGAAACCAUCUUCACCAGUUGAGAACAAUCCGUUGCGAACGUAACCUGAUACUGUCUUAAAUUUUUCAUACAUUCCAUUGCCCAAGUCAGUGCCUCUAUCUCCGCAUGAAGAGGUGAUAAACUUGCCCUUACGUUUCUUGCCCCUAACAGUCUCUCAAACCUUGGAAGUGUACUGAGCCAAUCUUGGCCUGAAAAACCAUCUUUAUCUUUCUAAGAACCAUCCGUAAAACACCAUCUACAUGUGGUCACUAAGGGCAAUCUGCCUUGAACUUCAGGAACGACCCUUGGAUUAUUGAGAUUAUACGCUUCAUUCCAAAGUCUAAAUGAUGUGGACUUUGUUGAAAAAAAAAAGAUGAUGUGGACUUUAAAGAAAAUUUAUCUAAAUCUUGUUUGGGAAAUAAAAUCUGAAGCUGAAAAUGCAAAUAUAACUAGAGUUUAACUUCGUACGGAUAUUUUUAAUUUUAUAAAUAUAUAAUUUUGAUAUUAUAAUAAAUAUAUGCUUUACAUUUAGUGUUAUAUAUGGAAUAACUCUAUAAUCUUAUUGUUUAAGCUUCUUAUUCGUCAUUAUUAAUAUAUAAUAAUUUGUUUUUUGCAUUUUAUUUUCUUAUUGAUUGUUAUUACAUAAUAAUAACAUAUAUUUGAGUUUUAUACAUAAAUUAUAAUCUGAAAUAAUCAAAUAUACAAUCUCCUUUAAUAUAGUUUUUAAUUUCUACAAUACAUGUUCAAUUUUAUUUAGUUAUACUGUAUAUGGAUAUUUGCUUAUGAUAAUUUAUAUUUUCAUGUUGUGUUUAAAAGUAAUACUUUAACAUCUAUCAUUUUAGUAUUUUGUAAAGUAAUACUUGAAUUAAAGAUAAGUUAUAUACUAUUAUAUUUUGUCUAUAGUUAUUUAUAGAUAAUAUAUUGCUGUGAGUUUCAAAAAUUGAUAAUAUAUAUAGUUGUAAAUAUAAAAGUUUAACAUAUGUUAAUAAUUUAGUUUUUAAAUAAAAUAUUACACAGUGUAGGAAUUUUAACCCGUUUUGCCGAUGAAUGAUAAUGUAUUUAAAUGAAACUGCUUUUUUUUAUCUGUUUUUUGACAUAAAAAGUCUGUUAAUCUAGCAAUUUAAUAUAAACUUGUUAUAUUUAAUCUAUAGAGAACGUCUAUUUUAGUUUAAUAUAGACUAUAAUUAUAAAAUUUAUUUGUCUUACGAUAAACUUUUGAUUAUAAUUAAUUUAUAAUAAUAUUAUAUUACUAAUUACGAAAUUAUAAUGCAUUAUUUAUAAUAAAAAAAAAUUUAAAAGUUUGGUAAGAUUUUGUUAGAGUUUUUCUCAACCGAUUUGAUUAUAAUUAAAAAUAAAAUUCAAAUAUCUAAUUAAAAUUGAUUUACUAUUAACAUCUUUAUUGAUUAUUAAAACUUAAUGUAACUAAUCAAAUAUAUCACAUUAAGUACUUAAUUAAAUGAUCAUAGUAUGACUUGUCAAUAGCAGAUAAAAUAUAGGACUCUAAAUUAAUAGAGUAGAUGAAAAGAAGUAAAGAAAGCUAGGUAAAGAGAAAAUAAGUAUAUGUUAAUAGGAAAAGAAUAGUAAAAAAAUGAAAAUAAAACGUAUCAAAUGCCAAAUAGAACAGCAAAUAUGCAUCAAAAUUCAUGUUAUGCGUGCAUCGAACUUGUAACAUUGGAAUCAAACGGGAUCACUUAUACCAACGGAGCUACAAAAGUGUUGCUUUAGCACCUAUAACUAAGUUUUUAACAAGUAGUUGGGAGCACGUGCCCCCGUUGUAAAUACUGUAGAUUCGUCCCUGGUUGCCUAUGCGCUGAGCGGUCGGCUACUAUACCAUUUUUACUUGUACAUUUAAAUAAUACGGCUUGCUCACAAACCAACUGAAUCCACAUAAGUAUUUGUCAUUAAGACAUGCACAUCGAGUCAUUUAUUUAUUAAGCUCUUGUUAAGUUCAUCUUUUCACAUAAACCGAUAUGGGAUACACACAUAUCUUAUAUUAUUCAUAAGUUCUAUAAUUAUAGCAUGAGCGAAAAUAUUUUAAUAUAUAAUCAAAUAAGAGUUAUAAAUUUGUUUAGCUUUGUGUUCAUACAAUAGUUUUAACUUUAUACCAUAUAUAAUUGGCGUGUAUAAAAUUUUCAAAAGAAAAUAUUUACCGUAGACACUCAGCAUAAACAUCCGUAUAUACGUUUGUGUAUUAUACAGUUGUCAAUCGUCCGACUAGCGUAUAGCGCAUUUUAGAACACUGCUAUUUUCUUAAGCUCGAGCCACCUCAAAUCUAUCUCAGGAUUGAAAACAAUUCAGGUCAAACAAUCUAGUCAACCUUCCAUUAUCAUUUUCUUUUUUUGUUAAAAUGAUAAUGAUUUCCUUCCAUUAAUCAUUGUCAUUUUUCUAGUCAAUCUACUCAACCUUCCAUUAUCAUUGUAUAUUUAGAAGCUAAGUAUCUGAUUUCCAUUUGUGCACAAAAAAAGUAUCUGAUUUCCUUGUUUUUGGUCAAACAAUAAAUAUUAAGGAUAAAUAAAUAUUAAGGAUAGGAUCAAGAAAAAAAUAUUUUUUAUAAAUAGAGGAUGGUUGUUCAUUACCUCUCACAUGUAAAAAGAAAAAAAAAUCAUCUUUGAAAAAGAAAUCAAAAGAUAUGGGUGCAAAAUGGAACUCAAUGAUUGCAAUAGUUUUUUUGGUGGCGAUGAUAAUGGCAAUGGAAAAUAUCAGCGGAGAAACAUUGCCACAAUGCCGUGAAGAUUGCAUUCAAGGUUGUGCCACCACUGGCGCACUUCCGUACCAAUGCCUCCAGAGUUGUUACCGUGGAUGCCGUGGCUUACCACCUGCUAUAAAAGCGGGAGCAAGAGGAUAGAAGAAAUAGUCAUGAAUCAGUGUUGGACUCUUGGGACUUUCAAAUUACUUCUACUAUAUCCUUGUGGCAUCAAUUGUGUAACCCUAUUAAAUAAAUAGAUGUUUUUUUUCUUCAUAACAGUA